AAUGGAAAGGAGUGUUUUUAAUCAGCUCAAAGCAGCAGCAGAAAUCAAAGAGGGAAUGGCAGAAAUUGAAAAAAUUAAAAAGACUCAUGCACAAGAGAUUGAAAAGGCCGUUUGUGCACUAAUUGAUGAAUGUCGGAAAAAGAAUAUCCAGAUGGGGGAGACAGAACUGGAAAAUGAAUUUCACAAGAUGUGGAGUGAAACUCUGGAGAAACUUUCUUUUUCUGAACAAAAGACAACAAAUGUCUUCACCAGUGUAUCUCACUACCUGAGAAACAAUCUGUCACACAGGGGGAGUCAUGCAUGUGAAUUAUUAAGUCAAAAAAGUCUGCAGGAUUGUGGAAAAAAGCCUUUCAAAUAUACAGCGAAAGGAUUGUACAACCAAUUGAAACACAAAGUCAGCAAGUUUUUCCACACUGAAGAUCACAUAAUGAUUGUACAAAAACUGUAUGACAACAUCAUAGAGGCCUGCACUCAGUUUGUGAGUGAAAAAGUGAAACAAAAAAAGAAUUACUGUGACACUUACAUCGAGGAGAUCCUUCACAUCAUUGAUGAGAAGCUGCAAAAGAAUCAAGAUGUUCAGACAGACAUUGAGUUUGAAGUUUCUCUGAAACAGCACAUCUGUGGAUUUGCAGCCAGAGAGUUUCAAGAAAUGCACGAAGAUUUCAUCCAAGAAAAUGAUCCCUACAGAUGUCUGAUGAAAAACAAGGAAAAGUUUUGUGCUGAUUUCAUUGAUGUGUUUUAUAAACGAGACCAGUGUCAGAAGAAGGCAGAAGAAUUUACCAACCGAUGUUUGAAGCCUGCUGUUAAAGAUUUUAUCAGUCGAUCUCUGGGAACUGAUAUCAUUGAUCAAAUGCUGACAUGUGAGCAGUUCAGCACACGAAUGUCCUUCCAGUAUUCAGUUUUACUGGAUUUACUUUCAAAGGAAUAUACCUGGAAUAUAUUCUGAAUUAUGAGAAGUAUGUAAAAGAAGUGAUU